GCCACCAUGGUGCACUGGUCAGCUGAAGAGAAGCAGCUCAUCGCCAGCGUCUGGAGCAAGGUCAACGUGGAAGAAUGUGGUGCUGAGGCCCUGGCCAGACUGCUGAUCGUCUACCCCUGGACCCAGAGGUUCUUCGCUUCCUUCGGGAACCUCUCCAGCCCCACCGCCAUCAUCGGCAACCCCAAGGUCCGUGCCCACGGCAAGAAAGUGCUCACCUCCUUUGGGGAAGCUGUCAAGAACCUGGACAACAUCAAGACGACCUACGCCAAGCUGUCCGAGCUGCACUGCGAGAAGCUGCACGUGGACCCCGAGAACUUCAGGCUCCUUGGAGACAUCCUCAUCAUUGUCCUGGCUUCCCACUUUGCCAGGGAUUUCACCCCUGCUUGCCAGUUUGCCUGGCAAAAGCUGGUCGGUGUCGUGGCUCACGCUCUGGCCCGCAAGUAUCACUGAGCA